AAUCGGUGUAAAUAAUACAAAUUUUAUUAAUAACUCAAUUACAACAUUUCUCAAAAAUGUCAGAAAACGAAAACAGUGUCAAUAAAUUAAAAUGUGUUAUCUGUGGUGAUAAAGCAAACGGCAAAAAUUUUGACGCUUUUACUUGUGAUUCGUGUAAAGCAUUUUUUCGAAGAAAUGCAUUACUAAAUGUGAUAUAUUACUGUCCUUUCAGAGUCACCCCGUGUGUGAUAACACCCUUUACGCGCAAAUUUUGUCGCGCGUGUCGUCUGAAAAAGUGUUUUGACGUCGGAAUGAAAAAAGAUAAGAUACUUUCAGAAGAAAGAAGAAAAAUGAGAGUUAAAAGGUUUAAAAAUGGUUUACAAGAUAUGAAUAAAUUACAGAAUAGUUCACUAGAUGUUGACAUUUUAGACAAACAUUUUGUGGCCAAUAAUGAUAAUCAAGAGUUGCCAAACAAACAAAUCGCAAAAACUGAUAAUUACUUUAUAAUAAAUAGAUUUUUAAAAGAUAUUUCAUAUGAUUACGAAAAUAGAUUUGAAUUAGAGGUUAUGCCUAUAGUCCGACCCAUAACUGAUUAUUUGAAUAAUUUUAAUGAAAAUGAAGGCAAAUAUAUGUCUGAACUAAUUAGCGCUCGAGACUUAAUCAAACGUCCGACAGCUCAGGUAUGCGGUGAGGCCAACGAUUUUGUGGAUGUAAUCAAUUUAUUCAAUAUCGCUACGGAUCAAGAAGUGAGAAAAAUUAUAGAAAUGAUUAAAAAUUUGAGUUCAUUUACUAAAACAAAUCUAACCGAUCAAAUGAAACUCAUAACAUAUGGCACAAUACAAAUGGCAAUAUUGUUUGCUUUACCUGAAUAUGACUUAAAACAACAAUCAAUUAACGUUUGUAUAGAAAGUCUAUGGAAAACAAAAGUAAACUUUAAUAUAUUUAAAGAUAUUAAACCAUAUUUAUUUGAGGCCAAUACUAAUUUUUAUCAUAAUAUGUACAUUGAAUGCGACAAUGAUUAUAUUGUACAAACUUUGUUGAUGAUAAUAAUAUUAUUUAAUCCAAAUCGACCAAAAUUAGAAAAUAAAUCAUAUGUCAAAUUACAACAAUAUGUUUACAUGCAUUUAUUAUUACGAUAUUUACAAUUAAAAUUUCAAUCGGAAUGUAUGGCAAAAGAGAAAUUUGAUAAACUUUUAAAGUGUUUAAAAUUUUUAACAACUUUGGAGAAAAUGUUUGUUAAAAAUUCAUUGGAAGACAAACAUAAAGAUUGCGGAGAACUUCUCACUGAAAUUAAAAACAUAAGAAUUAAAGACAACGCUUACAACUAUUAA